AUGCUAUGGUCCAUCGCGAAAAAGAGUUACGGGCAAAGCUUCUACCUCCAGGUACCCCCCACCCACCACACCCUCGCCGCCGCCGCCCAUAGUAACUCUCAGCGUCACCCUCUCCCCACCCGACAUGCCUACUUCAUCUUACAAAGUGAUGACGUCGUUACGGCAGCGUCGUCAUCGGAGAUGGUCGGGGCUGGAGCCAUUGGUACCUCAGGGCACACAGGUUUCCCGACCCCCGUCUUCCAGGCUAAUCUAUCUAUCUAUCUAUCUAUCUAUCUAUCUAUCUAUCUAUCUAUCUAUCUCAUCAAUUCAUAUCUUUUAUAUAUAUAUAUAUAUAUACUCAGAAAUAUUCGGAUCUAUCUAUCUAUCUAUCUAUCUAUCUAUCUAUCUAUCUAUCUAUCCAGACAUAUUCUGAUCUAUCAAUUUCAACAUAUUCUGAUCUAUCUAUCUAUCUAUCUAUUUAAACAUAUUCUGAUCUAUCUAUCUAUCUAUCUAUCUAUCUAUCUAUCUAUCUAUCUAUCACAACUUGUUCAUGUACCUAUCGUGAAAUCUAUAAAAGAAGUGUUGAUUCUCUCUCCGUCACCCACUUUCUGCUUGCCUAUACAAUUGUUUAUAAUAAAAUUCGUAUCUAUCUAUCUAUCUAUCCAUUUUCUUCUUAUCUAUCUAUCUAUCUAUCUAUCUAUCUAUCUAUCUCCCCUGUUUAGAUCAGAUAUCUAUCUCAAUCUCUUCAUUUUCUUCCUAUCUAUCUAUCUAUCUAUCUAUCUAUCUAUCUAUCUAUCUAUUCAUUUUCUAUCUAUCUAUUCAUUUUCUAUCUAUCUAUCUAUCUAUCUAUCUAUCUAUCUAUCUAUUUAUCUAUCGUUCCAACACAUUAAAUGA